AUGGAUAAGUCUUGGAUGCAUGCUGAUAGAAGAUCACACAAGUAUGAGCUAGGUGUUGAGGAAUUUCUUAAGUUUGCUUUCGAGAAUGCUAGUGAUGUCGAAAAUAUAUCCUGUCCUUGUGCUAAAUGUGGGAACACAGAUGGGAUGUUUUCAAUUAGGGUCAUAAAGGAUCAUUUGAAUUGGAAUGGUAUAGAUGAGAGUUACAAAGAUUGGGUAUGGCACGGAGAACCCUCUAGGGCAAUGAUGAAUGCCAAUGAAGGGCUAUCUGAAGCUACUAUAGAUAUGAUAGAAGAGGGAGAUGGAGCAGAUAAUAUAGAGUUAGGAGAUCAGGGAGAAAAUGGGGCUGGUGAGGAUGAGCAGUUUUUCGAUGCUGAGGAGGAUGAGCAGUUUUCAGUAGACUCGAAUGACUUUAUGAAGUUAGUCGAGGAUGGGGAUAAAGCUUUGUACCCUGGUUGUACCAAGCACACCAAGUUAAAUGCCCUUAUACAAACCUAUAACCUUAAAGCAAAGCAUGGAAUGAGUGAUACAUGCUAUUCUGACAUGUUGAUCAUGAUCGGAAUGUUUCUUCCUGAAGGUAACGAGAUACCAGGUUCACAUUAUGAGGCCAAAAAGACUUUGGUUUCAUUGGGAAUAGACUAUAAAAAGAUACAUGCAUGUCCUAAUUACUGCAUUUUGUAUAGAGGAGAGCAUGUUGAUUUGAUUAGUUGUCCUACAUGUGGGGAGUCAAGGUGGAAAUUAGGCAAAGACAAUGUCGAGAAGCAAGGGGUACCGGGGAAGGUAUUGUGGUACUUUCCCCCAAUCCCACGGUUUAAGCGCAUGUUUCAAUCGACAAAAACUUCCAAAAACCUAACUUGGUAUGCGAAUGAAAGGUGGAAGGAUGAGUUUAUGCGGCAUCCGGCAGAUGCCCCUACAUGGAAGUUAGUAGACCAAAAAUGGCCAGAAUUUGGAAAUGAUCCUAGGAACCUUAUACUCGCACUCUCAUCUGAUGGCUUUAAUCCCCACAGCUCUUUGAGUAGUAAAUAUUCUUGUUGGCCAGUUAUACUUGUCACGUAUAACCUCCCCCCAUGGCUAUGCAUGAAAAGAAAGUUCAUGAUGCUAACAUUGUUGAUUUCUGGACCCAAACAACCCCGAAACGACAUUGAUGUGUACUUGCAGCCUUUAAUUGAUGAUUUAAAAGUUUUGUGGGAUGGGAUAGAUGGAGUGUAUGAUGCAUUUAGGGGAGAAUACUUUAAACUCAAAGCUGUCCUGUUUUGGAGAAUUAAUGAUUUCCCAGCUUAUGGGAACUUAUCAGGCAGUGUUACUAAGGGUUACAAUGGUUGUCCUAUAUGUUGUGAGAACACAAAACCUCAUCGGUUAUCUCAUGGACAGAAAAUGAGCCAUAUUAUUCACCGGAGAUGGUUACCACGCCAUCAUCCAUAUCGAAGGCAAACUAAACAGUUCAACAACCUACCAGAGUUUGAUACAGCACCUGAACCUUUAAGUGGAGAAGAAGUCUUAAAAAGGGUUGAGGGUAUGAAUUGGCCAUUCGGUAAAAAAUACCCUCCUCCAACUUACAAGGGUUUAGAAGAUGAAACCAGACCUUGUUGGAAGAAGAAAUCUAUAUUCUUUGAGCUUGAAUAUUGGAAAUUUCUUCCAAUUCGACAUAAUCUUGAUGUCAUGCAUAUUGAGAAAAACGUAUGUGAUAGUAUUAUCGGUACAUUGUUUAAUAUUCCUGGAAAAUCAAAAGAUGGGGUCGCUGCUAGGUUGGAUAUGGUGGACAUGGGUAUCAGGACUGCUUUGGGACCAAAACCUGGGAAAAAAAAGGAUAAGCUGCCUUUGGCAAGUUGGAAUCUGCUUCUAGAAGAGAAGAGAGCAAUGUGCAUGUCUUUUUUCAACAUGAAGGGUCCUUAUGGCACUUGUUCAAAUAUAAGGAGUCUUGUUUCCUUGGAUGACCUAAGGCUGGUUGGUCUCAAAUCACACGAUUGUCAUAUGGUGAUGCAGCAGCUACUACCUAUUGCCAUACGUUCAAGUUUGGAGAAACCAGUCCGCACUGCAAUCAUUCGAUUUUGCCUCUUUUUCAAGGCUAUAUGUAGUAAAGUCAUAGAUGUUAGAAAGCUGAAGAAAAUGCAAGAAGAUCUAGUUGUGACCGUUUGUGAGCUUGAGAAAUACUUUCCACCGUCAUUCUUUGAUAUCAUGAUUCAUCUCACAGUUCAUCUUGUUAGAGAAGUUGAGCUUUGUGGACCAGUAUUCUUUAGGUGGAUGUACCCUUUUGAAAGGUACAUGAAAACCCUAAAAGGUUAUGUUAGAAAUCGAAACCAUCCAGAGGGUUGCAUUGCUGAGUCCUAUAUUGCUGAAGAAGCAGUUGAAUUUUGCUCAGAUCGUGUACUUUCUGGUGAAGAUACAGUGGGCAUCCCAACGGUUGGCAUAUUUUGUGAAAGCUGCAGCAAACCCUUAUCUGGUGCUAAUGUUGUAUCUAUCUUUGGAAGAGAGUUGGAGCUAGCACACCUUAAUGUAUUACAGAAUACAGAAGAAGCAAGACCAUACUUCCAAGAACAUAUGGAGCUUUUGAAGCAUAUGUAUCCUAGGUUCCAAAAAAAUGAAAAGUGGCUGACCGAUAAGCAAAAUCUAACUUUUGCCAAGUGGAUAAAGGAGAGGGUUCUCGAAGAAUUGGGCGAUCCUAAUAAUCGUGUCUCAGAAACGUUGAGGUGGAUUGCAGAUGGAGUAAAUUCAGAUGUACCAACAUUUUCUAGUUACAUGGUUAAUGGGGUUCGUUUCAAUACUAAGGACCUAGACAAUGUUAGAAAAGUGCAGAACAGCGGUGUUUUUCUACAUGCUGAAGCUUUACAAGUAGCUAGUGCAAAGGAUAAAAAUCCUAAGAGUGAUGACAUGCAGUUUUAUGGAGUAAUAACAUCAAUAUGGGAGAUGGACUAUCAAAAGUUCAGAAUUCCAGUGUUCAAGUGCGAUUGGGUUGAAAAUGCAAAGGGCAUUAAAGUAGAUGAGUUUGGGUUUACGUUGGUAAACUUGAAUAGGAUAGGUCAUGUGGAUGAUCCUUUUGUUUUAGGUAAGGAUGUGAAACAAGUAUGGUAUGUAGAGGAUCCUAUUGAUGAGAACUGGUCAGUAGUUAUAACAUGUCCUGAUAGAGAUUAUGCUCACAUGGAAGAUGUUGAAGAAGAAGAGGUUGGAAAUCUAGAAGUUGAGCAGCAGCCCUAUAUAGCAACAAUGCCACCCAUCAACACAGAUGAAAAUACAGUCGGUGAUGAGCAGAACUCCUACAUGCGAGAAGGGAAUGAAGGGAUAUGGGUUGAUAAAUGA